AAGACUAUAAAGCCGGCAGACCGUCAACAAACCUUGAUAUCGGUAUACAUGUACAUGUUGCAUUAAUUAACUAACAAUUAACGACGCGUCACCAUGGUCACGUACAGCUAAUGAUCGGUAGGCAAGUUGUAUCUAGUUUUCAAAGGCCAUUUACAGGCGGUAAAUUGAGGUUGUAAUCUUGAACGAAAAGCAGAGUGAAAUAGGUGUUUAGACACUCAAACUGAUUUGAAAAUGACAGUCAUCACAGCGGUCUUGCUUCUCUUUCUAGCGUUCUUGACACACCAAGUAUGGGUCGAAUGUUGUGAUAAAAAAAUCACCGCUCGAACUAAUUUAUACUUGUUUGACAACCACGCACUUCUGAAGCACGUUUACCAGUUGAAAACAGCAUCUUCUUCUGUCAUAUGCGGGCGAGACUGCUCGUUUGAUUCAAAUUGUGCAUCCUUUAAUUAUCACACAAGCAGCCAGGUUUGUGAGUUGAACAAUGUCACCGGAGAUCACAGCCCUACUGAUUUCAUGCAGUUGCAAGGAAGUGCCUACUAUGAUGGAACUUUACGUUACAGCAGUUGUCAGAUGUGGUACAAAGCUGGACAUCGUGACAGUGGCAUCUACAUCAUUUAUCAUGAUCUGACUGGUAUUCAGGUCUACUGUGAUAUGGAGACCGAUGGAGGAGGCUGGAUCGUGAUUCAGAGAAGACAAGAUGGCUCUGUUGACUUUUACCGUGACUGGGCAGACUACAAAACCGGAUUCGGCAAUCUUACUGCUGAGUUUUGGUUGGGGCUUGAUGCUCUACGUUCACUCACAACGUCAGGACAAUGGCAACUAAAAGUACAAAUCGAAGAUUGGGAGGGUGAAAAAGCUGGGCUGUUUAUGAAGUGUUUGCUGUAUCAGGUGACAAAUACACGCUGAGUGUCAGUUCAUACAACACUGACAGUACCGCAGGCAACUCCUUUGAACAUCAAAAUGGACAGCAAUUCACUACCAGAGACAACGAUAACGAUAGGAGAGAGGAAAGUGGAGCUAACUGUGCAGUUCGUCAUGAAGGAGCAUGGUGGUUCCGCUCUUGUUUCUACUCGCAUCUGAACGGUAAAUACUACCACCAAGCAAGAGUUCCAUAUGCUCAAGGGUUACAAUGGAACCCCUGGAAAAGUAACUAUUACUCCCUGAAGAAAUGCAGCAUGGCUAUAAAGGAAGUCGCGUGAACCAGACUGCUUGGUCACCAGGCAGCGAUGUAAAUAAUGUGGUAUUGUAUUUGCUAUUUAAAAUUGAUUCAAUUCGUGAUAAGGAUGUAUCCUUUUGCCAAGGCCUUCGUGGCUUGAAGAACCGCGAUCUCAAGUGACUGGAACGGGACACCACGCAUGUGAGUGGC